AUGCAACCACCACCGUCGCCAACUUAUUCUGCUCCGUCGUCAGGUUAUCCCUACAAUGCGCCUUCCUACAGUCAACCAAGUUACGGGAAGCAAUCUUACGGGCAAUGUGGUUACUACGGGCAGCCGAAGUAUACGGUAGAGGAGAAGAAGAAGAAGAAGAAGAAGAAGAAGAAGAAGAACAAAUCUGGUGGGAUGGGGAUCUUCGAAUGCGCCAUCAAGUUUGUUUCCUUCCUUUUGGGUUCGUUCUUCUUGGUGGCUUUGCUCAAUUGUACAUUUACAGAGCAAUUUAACCAAGAGAUGUCGUUGACCAAAGAAAUUCCUUCUGGGCUCUUCAAUGCUAUGUUUGAUUUUUUUGGUUGUUGGCAAAAAGAUGUAGCAUACACAAAAACCUUUGUUUUUAGUGGAAUGUUCAUAACACUCCACAUUUGCACUCAUGUCCCAACUGUCGUGUACUGUCGUGAAGCUGCCUCCACAGCUGCCCGAGGUCUGGCAGGUGAUCGCUCUUGGCCAGAAACGGAAACGGGGACGGCUGACCGAGGGGCGGAAGAGAGAGGAGGAAGAAGAUGUUUGCUUCAUUUGCUUUGA